ACCAAAAUGAAGUAUAAGAAAACCUUAUAAAAGAAGAUACAUACCUGUCUGGGCAUCCUUGCUAUCGUCGUUUCCAACCCGUCCGCAGGGUCUGCCACUCUUGGGUGCCCUUUUGGGUAAUGGUCUAGCUGUUUCCUUGCAUCCAUGCUGCUACAGGGUUGUAGUCGUACUCGUGGCCAUGGUUAUCACUCAUCAACUUGGUCGUGCUCAUGUGGACUAUUUAUUUCCAACAAUGCCAUCAAACCAUCAGAGGUUCCUCGCCGGUUUCCUUUUGCUGCACCUUUGUUUGGUUGCUCUAGGGUGAGAGAACCUCUCUGCGUCUGUAUGCUGAUUUGGUCAUGGAAUUCGAGCCUCAUUUACUGCACCUCUGGCAAUGAAGGAUCAGUACACGCCCAAUCUUCUGUGGCCUCCUCUCAUAAGAACUUCUACAUCGCUGGUUGGAUUGGAUAUUCACAGAACUUUAUACCAUAUACUUUGGGCAUUGCUGAAACAACUGAAUGUCAAAGGUGCUUAUGGGUUGUCCUACAAUUUGUGUGGAUGUAUUUAGCUGUGGCGUUUAUGGUAGCUGCAGCAGCUUGUCAAUUAGUUCUUGGACCUGUCUAG